AUGGUGGUGGACACAAAGCUGUACGACGUGCUGGGCGUUGCGCCUGACGCGUCUGAUGCCGAGAUUAAGAAGGCGUACAAGAAACAGUCGCUUGCGAACCACCCCGACAAGAACCCUGGCGACGAGACGGCGUCGCAGCGCUUCCAGGAAGUGGCAGCCGCCUACGAGACCCUGGGCGAUGCGGAUGCGCGCGCUGCGUACGACCGCUACGGCGACGACACGGACCCGCGUGGUGGCGUUGAUAUGGACGACCUGUUUGCCUCGAUGUUUGGCGGCCCCUCGUUCUCGUUUGGCGGCGGUCCUCCGCCUCGCCGUGCGCAGGACUCGGUCAUUCCCUACACGGUGACGCUCGAGGACCUGUACAAUGGCAAGACGGCGCACUUUGCGCUUGAAAAGAAUGUCGUGUGCUCGCACUGCCACGGCACUGGUGGCAAGGCCGGUGCACAGCCGAAGGACUGUGUGACUUGUGGCGGCAAAGGCCGUGUGCUCCAGCAGCGCCAAGCCGGUAAUGGAAUGAUCUCGCAGUCGAUCGGUACGUGUGGUGAGUGCCAUGGUACCGGCAAAAAGUUCCGCGAGAAGGAACAGUGCAAGAAGUGCAAAGGUGCGCGCACCGUCCAAGGCAAGGCACGUCUGCGCCUCGAGAUCCCCCGCGGCGCACACGACGGCCAGCGUAUCGUGUUUGAAGGCGAGGGCGACCAGAUGCCCGACUCGAAGCCCGCGUCAAUCAUCUUUGAGCUGAAGCAGACGCCGCAUGCCUCGUUCGAGGUGCGUGGCAUCGACCUGCUCGCCACGGUGCGCAUCACUCUCCUCGAGGCACUACAGGGCUUCUCGCGCUCUGUGCUUACGCACCUCGACGGCCGCCGCCUGCACCUGACCAAGGCGCGUGGCGAUGUCGUGCGACCCGGCCAGGUGGAUGUCGUGCACGGCGAGGGUAUGAUGGACCAGCGCCGCAGCGACCGUCGUGGCGACCUCUUCCUCCGCUACGAGAUCGAGUUCCCUACGGAUGAAUGGGCGCGCAACGCCGACGAGGCCGCGCUCAGUACGCUGCUUCCCCCGAAGCGCACCGACCUCCCGGCCGAGGAGGACGUGGUCACCGACGAUCUUACGACCAAGCCUGGCGAUAUCAACAAGUUCGGCAUGAACCAAGGCACGCGCAUGCCCGAUCAGGAUACCUACGACCAGCCCGGCGACGAUCCCAACAUCCAGUGCGCCCAGCAGUAA